GGAUACGGUUGCCCAGUCAGUUCCUCGCUCAGACAAUCAAGUGCGCCCGACCAGUAAAUGGAAGUAAAGAUGGUUCAGGAGGCUGAGAAGGAAAUACUGUCAUGUAUUUCACCGCGGAUCAGGCAUAUGAUAGAAGCUCUGAUGCUUGAAGGAAAAGUUGGUGUGUGUUUCGGCAAAGUUCGAGUGAUUGACACACUGACAAGUUGCGCCUCGGUUCACACGUACCCCAACUGCGACAGGUUCAAGCUUAUCAUACCAUAUGCUGGCCAGUCCAUCACCUGGGAGGUACUGUUUGACUGCAACCACCCGAAGGAUCCUCCAGAUUUCAUAUUUGGACCCGAUGAUGAUGAGUUUUGUCCAAGUUUAGAAGAUCUACACUGUUUGCGUGACUGGGACUAUGAUGACUCGCGGUCGCUGGUGGAGGUGGUGGCGGAACUGCUGGAGAAGUAUCGCCACCAUCAGCAAACACUUGUAGAGAGGAACUCAAGACUCAGCUUUGACUUCAACUCGCUCGUACUGCAGGAAGAAAUCACACCAGCAGAUGUAGAGAUCAUGUUUUCUAAGAACGAGCAUGGCAAGAUGGGGUCUGUGAAGUUCCUUGUGAAAAUGUCCAUAGAUUUCUCAAAGAUUCCAGCAUAUCUAACUAAGGACAACCCGGGAGAAGAUUCAGCAAUGUUGUUGUUAAGUCUUCCAUCUCCAGAGAGUUCGAGAGUCACACCCCAACUUUUCUUGUCACCCAAAGUAGAACAUGCCCUUGGUGGAUCAUCCAGCCUUCGAAUACCCAAUUUUGUGGCAGGAACGCCUUUAGGGGACUAUGUGCAUAAAGUAUGUCAGCUAUUGAAAAAUAAGGUGGAUAUUGUAAUACAAGGUCAUGACAAGAAGAAGGAAUACCUGGCUUCAUUCUUAAGUCUCUACGGCAGAUCGGUUCUUGAAUAUGACAUGGAGAACUUUAAUAAGAUGUCAUACCUGUUUGAGUGGAAUGAUUUCUUCUUUGUCAUCAUUAUCGAGAUGCCACUUUUCUUCCCCAAAGAGCAGCCAGUGUUCACAUUUCAGUCUAUAUACCAUGAACACAAGGGCAAGCCGUACACGGAGUCCUAUAACGACUACCCUUACAGCCCCCGCUGGAGCGGAACGGAGAUGGCCGAGCGGGCAAGAUCUUUUGUUCUUGACACAGUUGGAAUCUUCCAGAGAACAUCAGUGCAAAAUGGACAGUUCUGAGAUUGCCAUAAUUAAAAAAAAAACCAGAGGAACUGGGCCCUGUGACAUCCCAAAGUUGUCUACCCUCCGUGGCUCCAACACACAAGACUGGAAGAUUCUAUCUUAUGUAUCAUUGGCUGCUUGAGCUGAGUUGAGAUGCCUGGUUGUAUGGGGGUCAGGUAGGGGUGUGUGGGGGCGUGUGGGAAAGAGAUGUGUCAACUGGAUGUUGACAUAUUCAAUUAUUCACUUAUCCACUGAUGAACAAAAUGAUUCUUGCAGUGUCAACAGCAACCCCUCAGUUUUUAUUUAAGGGGAAGCGCAUUGAGAGAAUGUGUCUCUUUCUUGUAACAAGUUCUCACUCAUUGCAGUCCGUGAAUGAGAUAUACGUAUAUCAUAUGAGCUAUCAGAUACACUUGUUCGCAAAUGAUCAAAUUUGGAUCAGUUGUGAAUUUUUUGUACUUUUGUAUUUUAGUUCUACCUAAUAGCAAAAACACCAGGAAGGACUCCUUGUUGUGACAGGUCUGUUCGUGCCAGUAAAACUCUAAGUAACAUCAGGGGCCGUGGGGUAGCCUAUUGGUUAAAGCAUUUGCUCUUCACGCCAUGAGCCUUGGUUUGUUGCCCACAUGGGUUCAAUGUGUGAAGCCCAUUUCUGGUGUGCCCUGUCAUGAUAGAGCUGGAAUAUUGCUACACUUGGCUUAAAACCAUACUCACACACCAAGUAACAUUGGUGUGACAAUCCCAACCAUUUGUUCCAGAAUGAUCUAUUACAAUAAAUGAUUCCCCUGUGCCAAGUCCCACAAAGUGGUUGUAGGUGAGGCUUUCUGAAUCUUUAGGUGUACAGAACUGACUACCACAGCUAAAAACAGUUAUUUGAAAAUAUAGAUGAUGUUUGACACAGAGAUACUGUCACUCUGGACUCCAAUGAAGUCAUAUAUGUCAAUGAAAAAUUUACUUUUUAUGUCAAGUAUGUAUGGACCUUAAUAAAAAGUGAAGACGCA